CGCCGCGCCACUCGCCUCCCGUCAGUCGCCUGCCGACUCCGCUUGUGCUUGUGUGACUCGCGCCGCUCUGUGCACCGCACUCGUGCUCCGAACACGACGCGUGCCGCCCUACCGUGGCCGCGAACGCGACCUCUACGCUACCGGCGAAUCGUUUUUCCUAACUUACGUGCGACUUGCUAUGAUUUGACUUUUGGACAUUUACGCUCCCUUACCCGGCUUGUUUACCCCUCAUCAUAGUUGAGCCCCGCACCGCACCGGCUUGUUCGCUGACCGCCGAGCCGCUAAUCUCGCUUUUUUCGCGCCCUACCGUCGCCAGCCCCGACCCACACCGGCCGCCGCCGUCAUGCUCGCACAUCAAGCACCGCUCGCCCUCUACUAAAAUCAACCGUCAACAUCGAUACGAACGCGUGUGAUAAUAAUAUUUUAAUACUUGCCUAAAUAAGCUUGCAACGUCGGUGUCUUUAAUUCUAACAUAAUUCUAAGAUUAAUAUUUAGUAAUUAAUAUUCGUUGAACCUCGGAAUAUCGUCGUGGUGUUCCGUGUUCCUUCGCGUGUGUAGUAGUGUUUGUAGUGAAGGGUGCGCCAGCGCCGAAGUGACACAGAAUCAACUCGCCGAGCGAAAGUGAGAAGUGUAUGCUCGGAGCGCGCGGGCGCGCUCGCUCCCCUCUGCAUAUGCGCCGCACUCGCUCUAAGUAAUUGUGCGCGCUACUCCUACUCCCCCCAACACAGUGGCAACGAUGGCAACCAUGGUGAACAUGAAUAGCCUCCUGAAUGGAAAAGACUCUCGUUGGCUGCAACUCGAAGUGUGCCGCGAGUUCCAACGUAAUAAGUGCUCGCGACCCGACACCGAGUGCAAGUUCGCACAUCCUCCGGCAACCGUCGAAGUACAGAAUGGAAGGGUCACCGCCUGCUACGAUAGUAUCAAGGGACGGUGUAACCGCGAGAAGCCACCCUGCAAGUAUUUCCACCCGCCGCAGCAUCUCAAAGAUCAGCUUCUCAUUAACGGUCGGAAUCACCUAGCACUAAAGAACGCCUUAAUGCAGCAGAUGGGAUUGACGCCGGGCCAGGUGCUCCCUGGCCAAGUUCCAGCCGUGGUGGGCGGCGUGAGCGGAGCGGGAGCGGCUGCGAGCCACCUCGCCGCGCUGGAUCCGAUCAGUCUCGCCCUGCUCGCUCCGCAGGCAACGUCGCCGUACUUAUCGGGUGUGCCAGGCGUAGGGUCGACGUAUGCCCAGUAUUAUGCGCCUCAGUUGGUACCCGCGGUGCUUGGGCAUGACCCGGCCGCCGCGGCGGCCUCGCCGCUGGGCGUCAUGCAGCAGCCAGUGCUGCAGCAGAAAUUGCCGCGCACUGACCGUCUCGAGACGGCCGCCGCAUCGCAGCAGCCGGCAGCGAGCGCGACUUCGGAGCCGGGCAAGAAACGUCCGGCGCCCGCCGAGCUCGAGCCGCCACCGAUGGACAUGAAAAGCGUCGGAUCCUUCUAUUACGAUAACUUCGCCUUUCCCGGAGUGGUGCCGUAUAAGCGACCCGCCGCGGAUAAAGCCGGAGUUCCCGUGUAUCAGCCGGCGACUACGUAUCAACAACUGAUGCAGCUUCAGCAGCCAUUCGUGCCCGUGUCAUGCUGUGCGCCGCCCAACGCUCCCUAUGUGGAGUACACGGACGAGCGCGGACAGUUACUGGACACCCUCCCGGUGUGCCAAGAUUUUAAUCGACAAGGAUGUACGAGACCUACCUGCAGAUUCGUUCAUAUUCGUGAAGGGUGCGGGCUGCAGGUGGUGGGGUGCCGCGUGGUGGUGUGCCGCGACGCCGCCGCCGGCACGUGCCGCCGCGCCGCCUGCCGCUACUACCACAUCCCCGUGCAGCUGCCGCCCGCGCUGCGCCCCCCCUAACAUGCCCCCACCCGCACGCCGCCCUUCUCCCUUCUCACGCCCUACCCUCCCACGCCCUCACCCCACACCCAUUCCCACACCACACGUCGCCCGCGCCCCUCGUUAUCCAUAUCGAUCGCGCCUCUGACACACUCGGGAAAGGCAGGUUUUUAUCGGCUGGUACUGUCGCUCCCGCGGCGGAGGUGAUGAUAUUUUAGUGAAUUCGGUUAGUGCGAGAGGCGGAGGUGAGCCGCGUUGUCGGCGCGCCUCCGCCGCUCGCUCGUGUUUGACUUCGGGAAAGAGUGUGUACAUAAGUAGCGGGAUAUGAUUCUCAGGCACGGUCAUGCGAUUGUGAUAUGAAUAGAAUUCGAGACGCCGGAGCCGUUUGAAUGAUUUAUCGAGGUCGUACCGAGAUCGUCGAAUAGUAGUUAGUGAGGUUUCAAAUGUUUUAUUACUAUUGUAUAUUAUUUUUUUAAGAUACGAUAUGAGUUCCUGUAAAGAUCGGCGCGGCCGCCUGUCGGCGCCGUGUGAGAUUUGUUGUAUAUAAGCGAGGUAUUGUUAGGGCGACGCGCGCGCUCGCCGGGCGCGCGCGUCGGCCGCAGCUUCUGCCGAAGGCCGAGGCCGGAGUCAAAAGUUGCACCACCCCACUCCUACUGUGAGCAUUUUUGUGAGAAUUAUGUUAUUUUUUUAUUAUGUUGUAAAAUUAUGUUUUUAUAGAUGACAAGUUUUACACUAGAGUAGAUUAAGAUGAUCGAUGAUGAAACACCAAUAGUGUAGCCGCUUCUCUCCUUCGGCACUGAUACUUUUGACGCCGGAGCACAAUACGCGUUGUGGAGCGCCUCGUCCGCUCGGUUGUCGUUUCCGUGCCGCGUCCUCCUACCCCACUUAGAAUAGAUCACGACACUCGUAGAGUGAUAGUGGACUAACAAAUCGAAAUACAAUGAACGUUGUCGGACAAUAUUAAAACGAAGAAGGCAUACUUCAAUGCUAUUUACCUAAAUUAUAGGAUAGAACGUUGGCUUUUAUUCCAGAUAGAUUUUGCUAGAUAAUCAUUAUUUUUCCGAUCGAUCCCUGUCUAUCGAAGCACAAAUAGCGACCGACGAUCGAGUCCGAUCGACCCGUCAACGAGUCCAGAUAACUGAAAUAGCUCCCCUGUAUUGUUUUCGACAUGAACAGUAUUAACUUUUGAUCAAAUUUAUCUCGUCGUAUGUAUGUAGAGGUGAUAUGCGGAUAGAGAGAGGCAGGG